AUGUCUGGUUCAAUGUUUGCCAUGUUUGGCCCCAAACUUACAUGGGGAAAUACCCCUUUGAUAGCGACAGUCUCAGUGGUCAUCUACAUGUUGUUGGUUCGAGCUAUGCGAUUUCGCCGUAAAGCUUCGAUCGAAGCUCCAUUUACCUCCGGGCGAAGACCGCUGUCAAGCAUGACGGUAAAAGAAGCACAGGAAAUUAUGAAUCAACUGCAAGAACUCGAGUUUCCUUUCGCCAUGGCCAAAGCUCGUCAAAUAGCUCUUCUUAAGGCUGGAGGAAUUCCAACCAUGUCCAGGUUGUUCGCGGCAACGGGGCAGAAUAACAGACGCAAUGCGGGAAGAAGAGCCGUUGAUACAGAAAUCCUUCUGCGCGAAGUACAAUCCAAACCCAGAGACUCGGAUCGCUACGCCACCGCUGUCGCGAGGACGAAUUACUUACACGCGCGUUACCGUCAAGCCAAUAAAAUUACCGACAACGAUCUUCUCCACACACUAGGGGACGGCCUUGUUUCUAUCGUCGAAAUUGUCGACAAGGGCGAGUGGCGGAAGUUGACGGAUGUCGAAAAGUGUGCCGCAGGCGUUUUCCACAAGAUCUUGGGAGAAGACUUGAAGAUUCCUUACGAUGCACUGCCUUCGAGUAAGGAAGGCUGGAAAGAUGGUUUGCAUUUCGCUUCCGAGUUGACAGACUGGGUCCUCCAAUACGAGGAAGAGGUGGCAAGACCAUCGGAAGCAAGCAGCCAAUAUUCUCCUGGGCUCAUUCUUUCCGCCGUCUUUGAUCUUUUGCGCAACUUGCGAAAGCUAUAUCUUCGACAUCUCGCACUUCCUCGAUCGUCCUAUUUCGCCGUCAAGCUCGUAGACGAGGCGCCGAAUCCCCAGACAAAGCUGUACAAUUUCCAACGAAAAGUUCUUCAGCCAUGGUAUAUGAAGCCUACGUUUUGGUCUGCAUGGGGCCCGAGCGCAUUGCUCCUGAGAGCGGUGGGAGGUAAAGCCCCUGGAUCGCGAGGCGACAGAUACUAUCCACAGGGAUACGACUUGAUGACCAUUGGCCCGGAGCCUCAAAAAGGAAAAGGACAAGAUGACAUGAUUCCGGAUAUUCAAGUAAUCAAGGCCAGGGGAAUAGCUACAUGCCCGUUUUCCCACGCAAAGGCGGGCGGCUUCUAG